CGCAGUGGCUGCGUUCCACUGCGUAACGUGCACUGUUUAUCAACACGAUUACGCAUGUCAAAGGUUCUUGCAGCAUUUUCCAAUUUUUUCCUUCCUCUUUCAAGAGAACCAAUGUAACCUCUCUUACACUGCAUUAUUUCCGUCAUCCACCGAUAGAAAUGGAUCAAGAAAAAGCGGGAACGUCUUCUGUUCCCCCGACCGUCAGUCGUGCCUCGGUGCGCUCCCGUAAGCGCACGCAGACAUUUCGCGCCGUCAUCGCGAGGGCCAAGAGUGUCCUGCAUCCAGAAGACUACGAGGGCCUGAGAAACAGCCCCGAUCCGGAAUUAUCGCGCUCCAAUAAGAAGAUGAAACUUCUCCCGCACAUGGAGCAUGAAUUGCGGCAAGUGACGGAUCUAUGUCUGGCGGAACAGUGGCAUGAGGCACUGGCCAAGUUUGAGCGUCUCCCGGUGGAGCUGUGUACGGCGGCCGUCUUGGCGCAGUGUAUCACCUGUUAUAUGCGGGUGGGCCAGAACGGAAAGGCGUUCGAAUUGGCGGAGCGUUUAGUGGAGAUGGAGAAGCAUUCGCGGGCCGCGUGGGAAACGUAUGAACAGCUGGCCGGAGAGCUGGAGAAACAAGGGCAGCAGCUGAAAGCCUGGAAGGCCUUAGUGGACUUGAAAGACCUGUCGGAUGAGGAUAGACUGAAAUAUCUUCGGGAAAUCGAUAAUGCGAUCGAGGACAACAAUUUGGAGGGCAAACUGAAAUACUCCCUACAGCUGUUGCCGUUGGAAGUGCGACACUGCUCGGAAGAAGACUCCAUUCCACUGCACGUCAACAUUGCCAAAUACUAUCUGGCCUUGAAGCAGCCGGAGGAAGCGGUGAAAUUCCUGACCGAAUUUGUCCAGCUGAUGUUAUCCCGUGUCCAGGAUCUGGGCCGCGAUACCGCCACGCAGGAAAUGAAUAUCCGUCCCGCGGUGAUGCUCCUCCUGACGGCCUACCUGGACUGCACGCGCCCGGACGAUGCCGCGUCGCUGAUUAUCCAUGAUGCGGAGAUUGUGGAGAUCUUCCACACGGAUCGCAAGAGUGGCGAACGGCGCCGCACGUUCUCGUGGCAGAGUGCGGAGGAGGUCAGGAUUAAGGAAGAAUAUGCUGGGGAUGUGGGAUUGGUGGCGGCUAUCUGUACGGCGUUGUUCCAGACAGAUCAGACCAAAUUUCCUCUGGUUAAGAAACUCAUUGGCAGCCAUAUUAACCCCGCGAAUACGCCCGUUAAGACGACUACAGUUGAAAUCCAGACGGACCAGCGUGAUCAGCUGCUGCGUCUCGCCCGCGCCUUACUCAACCACGGCCAACCGCAAACCGCCCGUGAAGUGAUGAAGUACAUCACCACGGUCAUCUUCGCCACCUGCACCGAGGAGACGCACUUCUUCGCCGGCACCGUCCACGAAAGCUGCCAGGAUGUCACGGCGGCACUGCACUCCUACGACAUCUGUCUGACUAAAAAGCCCGACUUCCGGCCUGCGCAGUUGCGUAUGACCGCCCUGGAGAUGGAGUUUCCCAACACGGUGGCCGUGUCGACGUUGAGCGAUAAUGUUCGCCAGAAGCUCGUCGCCGAACAGCUGAUGGCGUAUUCCGACUACGUGAACUGCCGCUUGUUGGAGCGCGCCGAUGGAUUGGUGGUGGCGAAUGUGUUGAAGAUGGUGGAGAAGAGUUUUGAAGGGGCGGUGACCAUUGAACCGGGGAAAUUCCUGUGGGCGCUGCAUACUCCGUAUGCGUUGGAGAAGGGACUGAAGAGGUAUUUACUGUCGGCGCCGGUGUUGGCGGAAAAGAAAGUGAAGUUGGGAGAGUUUUGGCGAGCGAUCAUGGACGGUUGCUGUACGGCGUUCAAAAUGCAUAGAUAUGCUGAUAUGAUUAGUAUUGCAUUCAGCAGCAUUCGUACAACGGAAAUUGCCGUCAUCCCGAAGAAGUUGGAUCAACUAAAGGAAGCUCUUGUGGUGGCCGCGUUUUAUCUUCCACCCAGUGAUGAGCCCGACCCGUUGACCGGUACCGUGGUCAACACUAGGAAAUUCAGUUUUGAUUAUCUCCGCGAGCAGCUGAAUCGGCUGCGGCAGGAGUGCGAUUUCUCCGUUCACAAGUGGAGUUUCUACUACCAUCUGGCCACCAAUCCGGAACUGGUGGAACCCGGUCAAGUGGUCAAAUGGGCCACGCACUGGGUGGGGAAAAACGGGUACAAGAGGGAGAUCUCCAUGAUACUGGCCAAUGAUUCUAUGCGCCGCGGCAGCUAUCCACACGCACACAAAUUGUAUUCUGAAAUCGUUCAGCGCGACGGUGAGACUAACGUUCCCUGGAUUGUGUUCCUGCACCUGGGUACUUUAUGCGCUAAUCUGGCUUGUCGUUUCCGGGUGUCGGAUGCCGAGAAACAGCGCUUGUACGCUGAAUGUAUGCGUCAUCUGGACAAGUACCGCGACAACCGUGGAUAUUGUCCGGAAGUUCUGUAUAACCGCGCGCGCGCCUACCACCUGUUUGGUGAUGCGGAGAACGCGGUGGAGUACUACCAUAAGUGUCUGCAGCUGAUCCAGAACACGACGGACGAGGACGACGGUGCGGCGGACGACAACGCUUCUCUGGCCUUUGAAGCGGCCUACAAUCUCCGCUGUUUGUACGCACAUAAGCAGCAGAAGGCGUUAGCGGCGGGGGUGCUCAGCUGGCAGACGGUGAAGAGUUUUGCGCGAGGGAUCACGUUUCGCAGCUAAUGUGGCGUUGCCGAUGGAGUUUUUGGCUUCUUUUACUAACGAUUGUGAUAAUAAAUGCGAAUCUUUUGUUAGUUUAUUUUUAGAUUUGAUUACUUUCUUAACAUUUGUUUGUAAGCACAGGAAUUGUUUUGUCGCACACCAGACUGUUUUUUUAUUGGGACCUCGUGCCCUUUCCUAUGGAAUUAAA